CGGAACGGGUAUAAAUAGGCCGGCGCCCAAGCUACGAGUACUUCAAGAAACAAGGAGAAGCUAGCUAUAGCUGGCGAUCGGAGUGAUCGAUCGAAUUCGAAGGAACGAGCUCCGAAUCGAACAGAUUUGGCUUAGGUGCAAGCUUCCUCGAGAAGAGCUAGACGAUGGCGGCGGCGAUGGCGGCGGCGACGAUGGUGACCAGGAGCAAGGGCGGCGCGCUGCUGGCCGGCGGGGACAGGAAGAGCUCGUUCCGCCCGCUGGCCCCCGAGGCCGCCUUCUUCCCCCGCAGGGCGCCGCUGUUCGCCAGCGUCGGCCUCACCACGUCCCUCGGCGCCCCGCCCCCGCCGGCACCGCGCGAGCACGACGCCGUCGUGAAGAAGGCCGCAGAUCGGCCCGACAACCGCGACGCAGCGCCGCGCCUCCAGCUUGGCGCCUCGAUCGCGGCGGCGGCCGAGGAGGAGGAUGUGGCGGCGGUGGCGGCGCCGGAUAAGGGGAAGAAGAAGCAGCAGGGGGGGAAGAAGAAGAAGAAGGGGAUGAUAGUCAGGGUCAAGAUCGGCAACCCGCACGUGCGCCGGCUGGUGAGCGGCGCGAUCGCGGGCGCCGUGUCGAGGACGUUCGUGGCGCCGCUGGAGACCAUCAGGACGCACCUCAUGGUGGGCAGCCGCGGCGGCGGCGCAGAGGACUCGGUAGCCGGGGUGUUCCGGUGGAUCAUGCGCACGGAGGGGUGGCCCGGCCUCUUCCGCGGCAACGACGUCAACGUCCUCCGCGUCGCGCCCAGCAAGGCCAUCGAGCACUUCACUUAUGACACGGCCAAGAAGCACUUGACCCCGAAGGCCGGCGAGCCGCCCAAGAUCCCCAUCCCGACGCCGCUGAUCGCCGGAGCCCUCGCCGGAGUCGCCUCAACCCUCUGCACGUACCCCAUGGAGCUCGUCAAGACCCGUCUCACCAUCCAGAAGGGCGUGUACGAGAACCUGCUGUACGCCUUCAUCAAGAUCGCGCGGGACGAAGGGCCAGGGGAGCUGUACCGGGGGCUGUCGCCGAGCCUGAUGGGGGUGGUUCCCUACGCGGCCACCAACUUCUACGCCUACGAGACGCUGCGGCGGCUCUACCGCGGCGUCACGGGGAAGGCCGAGGUGGGCGGCGUGCCGACGCUGCUGAUCGGGUCCGCGGCGGGCGCCAUCGCCUGCACGGCCACGUUCCCGCUGGAGGUGGCCAGGAAGCAGAUGCAGGUGGGCGCCCUGGGCGGGACGAGGCAGGUGUACAAGAACCUCCUGCACGCGCUCUACUGCAUCCUCAGGAAGGAAGGCGCCCGGGGGCUCUACCGCGGGCUCGGACCCAGCUGCAUCAAGCUCAUGCCCGCCGCUGGCAUCUCCUUCAUGUGCUAUGAGGCUUGCAAGAAGAUACUGGUUGACGAGGCAGAAGAGGAAGAAGAAGACAAGGGGGAGGUCGAAGAGGAGAAGGCUGCCGUGAAGGCAUCAGCUGACAGUGCUUGCCCAAAGAAUUGAACUGUGGUCGACUUCCAUGAAUGGGACGAAACAUGAGGGGAUGCAAAUUUGAAGUGCCGUGGUGUGGAGCGUCUUGCAUCUGAAAUCCCCCAAGUUGAACGCCUUAGAUUUUCUGCUUUCAAUAAUGCUCCUGUAUGCCAUAUUCGGAGACGAAUUUCCUUUUGGAAUCUGCAUCUGUGGAAGCAAUAAUUACCGU